AUGACCGACGACAACUACAUCCACAUCCAAGCCGACGGCAAGCAGCCUCCCUCCUCGUCGUCCUCCAACCACGUCCGAGUGAGUGGUCAUCCGUGUGUGUUGGGGUGGGACAGCAUCAGCUACACCGUGCCAGGCAAGAAGAAAGGCAAGCAAAUCCUGUACAACGUGUCUGGUCGAUCGGCGCCCGGAGAACUCACCGCGAUCAUGGGUCCGUCGGGCAGCGGCAAGACCACGCUCUUGGACAUCCUCGCCGACCGCAUGUCGAGCGGCACGAUCUCCGGUAAGGUCGACGUGAACGGCAAGACCCGUCACAGCUCCAGCUUCCGCCUCCUGGCAUCGUACGUGUCUCAAGACGACGCACUCUUGGGCUCGUUCACAGUGCUGGAAACUCUGCGGUACUCUGCCCAGCUCAGUGUAGCCGCCAACGUUGGUCCAGACGAACGAGAGUCGCGGGUUCAAUCGGCCAUCGACGACAUGGGGCUUCGGUCGUGUGCGGAUACAAUUGUAGGCGACUUGUUUCGCAAGGGUCUCUCCGGGGGGCAGAAGCGUCGACUGAGCAUCGCCAUCGAAUUGCUUAAACAUCCGACGGUGUUGUUGCUGGACGAGCCCACGUCAGGGCUGGACUCGGCGUCGACGUUGAACGUGAUUACGCACGUUUUGAAGCUGAGUCGAUACCAGCACUGCACGGUCGUGUGUACGAUCCACCAGCCCAGCUCGGUGGUCUUCAAUUUGUUUGCCAACAUCGUGCUCUUGGCCAAUGGACAAACCGUGUUCAGUGGCAGCCCCCAGCACGCGCUCAGCCACUUUGCCUCGCUCGGGCACCCCGUGCCUCCCUUUACCAACCCCAGCGAACACUACCUGGAGCUCAUCAACGCCGAUUUUGAAGGGGCCCAUGACACGGAUGUCUUUGUCGCCUACUACCUCCGCAGCGACGUGGCCGCUCGCAUUCAGAAUCAACUCGCAUUCGACCGCGAUGCUUCUGUGGACGAGGACGCCCUCACUACUCACGCAGCGGACCUGCGUCCGUCAGCGUUCCGCCAACUAGGGGUCAUCAUACACCGCAAUUCGCUCAACAACGUGCGCAACCCGGGCGUCUACGGUGUGCGCGUGGUCCUGUACAUGGGUUUGAGUGCCAUGGUGGGCACGAUGUACCUAUAUUCGAACAAGAGCCUUGUGGAGGACGACCUGGUCAAUCUGCUCUUUUACGUACAGGCGUUUCUCGUGUUUAUGAGCGUGGCGGUGCUGCCUUUUUUCACCGACCAGCGCGCUGUGUUUGCCCGCGAACGCGCCAACCACGCGUUGAGCGUGCCGAGUUACGUCGUGGCCAACUUCGUGGCGGCGCUGCCAGGUAUCUUUGUGAUUGCGCUUUUAUCGAGCACGAUCGUGGUGUCGCUGGCAGGGCUACAUGCGUUUGGAGCGUUUGUCCUCAACUUGUUUUUGAGUUUGGUCGUGGCCGAGUCCCUCAUGCACGUGGUGGGGGCCACCGCCCCCCACUACAUCAUGGGCAUUGCCAACGCCGCGGGCAUCUUUGGCAUGUUCAUGCAGAUGGAGGGGUUUAUGGUUCCUGCGAAAACGAUGCCAGCCUACUGGAAGUGGGCCAACACAGUUGCGUUCCACACGUACUCGUUCGAAUCGUUUGUCCACAACCAGUUUACUGCCAUGAACACCACGCGCAGCCACGAAAUCCUCGCCCGAUUUGGCUUUGAACAGGUCAACGUCCACCAACACAUGGUCGUGCUCGGGGUCUACGCGGUCGUGCUCGAAGUCGCGUUUGCUGCCGUCUUGUACAAGUGGCACACUGGCCGUCGGUAGUACAUAGCGUUGGAGUUGCUUUUGAAAUACC